GAGACAGAAGGGUCUUUUCAGACAGAGGUAGGGACCGAUAGCAAAAGCGGUGGGACCAAUUGUAACUCCCGGUGGGUUUCGUUUUUAUUCAUAUAUUUGGACAAAAAAAAAAAAAAACUGCCUCUCUCUUUCUGUCUCUCAUCUAAGAGAAGUCUCUGCUGACAUUGUUUUGUUCCCGAAAUCUUUGCUCUGCUUUUUGGAGGGUUUUGAAAACAUUUGAAGAAUUUAUUUGGGCUCACUUCACAGCAAUAACACAAUCCCGCCCUCAGCCUCUCUUGUUCUCAGCUUCAAUUCGUUUUCAAUUCUUGCCGCAUCGAUUCCCAACCCUAAUCUUCUACCAUGACUGAGUACUGGGUCAGCCAGGGCAACAAAUGGUGCGACUUUUGCAAAAUUUAUAUAUCAAACAACCCUGGAAGCAUCAGGAAUCAUGAGCUUGGCCAACGCCACAAAGAUAAUGUUUCCAAGAGGCUAGCUGCUAUGAGAAAAGAUAAUAUUGCUAAGGAGAAAGAACAGAAAGAAACAGCUCGUGCCAUUGAGCAAAUUGAAGCAAAAGCGCAGCGUAGCUAUCAAAAGGAUAAAGCAAAGUUUGAGGAGACCAGAGAAUCACAUGAAUUGGAUGACCAAGAAUGGGAGUUUGACAGCAGUUCAGGCUAUUACUACCAUAAAACAAAUGGAUUUUACUAUGACCAAAAGUCAGGAUUUUACUAUUCUGAUACUAUGGGCAAGUGGGUGACACAGGAAGAAGCAUAUGCCUCCCCUCACUUUACGUCUAAUGCCAGGCACAAUGGACCAACUGUGAAGAAAUCCUUGUCAACAUCACAGUCCAAAUCAGAUGGAAACCAAGCAAAUAAGUUUAAUAAUAGAUCUUCACCAGGGCCAGUUGUAACAACUUUGAAUCCCAAAAGAAAUGUGAAAGCUGCUCCUUCAUCUCUUGCAGUUGGAAAGAGAAAGAGACCUGGUGAAAAAUCCAAGGUUAUCUCUGAUGAAGAAAAAGCAGCUCUCAAGGCAAGAGAGGCUGCAAGGAAAAGGGUACAGGAGAGGGAGAAACCCUUGCUCGGCCUUUACAACAAGCCUUACUAACUGUACAAAAUUUACUUUAGCAGCCUUGUCUUCCCCCAGAAAUAUGAGGUUGUGCUUCUUUUUUGCCUGAUUCCUUUAGGCUGCCAUUAAGGUGGGUGUCCUAAGUCCCCAAGUGUUUUCCAUGUGACUCUACCUUGUACAAUGUAACUGCUCCUUUUUUUUUUUUGUUUUGUUUUUGCAAUACAUGAAUGCUAAUUUUCAGCUUUGUUUGUAUGAGAGGAGAAAAAAAAAAGGUUUAGAAGUCUUCGUUAGGCCGAUGAAAGCAAGUUAAAUCUCCGUUGCAGAAGCUUUUGUAAAACACAUCCAAAUAAGUUAAUCCUUAUCCUUAUGUGGAUACUAAAGCAAUGCACAUUUAACGUUCUUUAGUGUGUUAAA